CUGGAAUAAAGCGUGAGCCACCACGCCCGGCCCUUUUUUACAGUUUUAUUGAGGUAAAAUUUAUAUAUGCCUUUUGAUAUUGUCCCACAGGUCCCUGAGGCUUUGCUUAUUGAUUUUUCAAUCUAUAAUGUGUUUCUCAGAUUAGAUGCUAUUUAUUAUCUAUCUUCAAGUUUAUCAACUCUUCCUCUGUCAUCUGCAAUUUGCUGUUGAGCCCAUCCAGUGAAUUUUUGAGUAUGCUAUUUUUUAGAUCUAAAAUUUUUAUUUAGGUUUUUUAAAAAUAAUGUCUAACUAGGUGGUGGCCACUGCACAAACUAGAUUCUGCUCACUCUGGGCCUCACUCCACUUCCUCUGUGACAGAUCAUAUGACACAUGAUAUGUCAAGACAUAUCAUGUCUGACAAACCUGAUAUGGCUGAGAUCAAGAAAUUUGAUGUCAAAAAUAGAAGAAGACAAUUGCAAGAGAAAAAUCCACUGCCUUCAGAAGAAACAAUAGAACAGAAGCAGGCAGACAAAUCUUAUGGACGCAUGUGCCGCCAAUAUGCACUGUACAUUCAACGAGAAUUGCCUUCUUAUUUUACUUAUUUUAGCUGUUUAAUUUUGUAAGAGGCAAAGAUGUUGGAUCAACUUUUAAAGGACUUUGCUGCCCUUUUCACAUCCAACAAUAGAAAACUGCCGACGAUGAAGGCCACACCUGCCUCUCCCAUCUGCAUGUCUGGCUGUCAAGGAAGAAAAAUAACUUGCAUGUUGGUGAAGGAAGAAGAAGAGUAGGAAGACAGGUAAAUCUAGAGUAAAACCAAGCUGCCCCAAGGUGUCCUGCAGGCUCUCAAAUGCAGUUUAAAUGAGGUUUAAUUAGAGUGCCAUUUUUCUUGUUCAAAUGAUUUUAAUUAUUAGAAUGCACAAAGUUUAUUUAAAAAUAAACAGUUUUACGCUGGACGUGGUGGUUCAUGCCUAUAAUCCUAACACUUUGAGAGGCUGAAACGGGUGGAUCACUUAAGGUCAGGAGUUUGAGACCAGCCUGGCCAUCAUGGUGAAACCUCGCCUCCACUAAAAAUACAAAAAUUAGCUGGGCAUGGUGGCUCGCACCUGUAAUCCCAGCUAUUCAGGCGGCUGAGGCAGGAGAAUCACUUGAACCCGAGAGGCAGAGGUUGCAGUGAGCUGAGAUGACACUACUGCACUCCACCCUGGGCAACAGAGUGAGACUCUGUCCCAAUAAAAACCAACAAAAAAAUAAAAAUAAGAAAACAGUUUUAAACCCUUUAAACAUUUUUCUAUUUUUCUGCUGAGAACUUUUCAUUCACUUCCAAGUUGUUUACCUUUAUUUCAUGGAGCACAGUUAUACUAGCUGCUUUAAAGUUGUUGACAAUUCCAUCGUCUGGGGCAUCUCAAGGUUAGCACCUGUUGAUUAUCUUUUCCCUUGAAAAAUGGUCACAUUUUUCUAAUUCAUUGUUUGUCAAUUUUAGAUUCAUCCCGGGCAUGUUGACUUUAUUUUUAAUUUUUAGUUUUAUUAUUUUUUAUUUUUUUGAGACAGGGUCUUACUCUGUCACCCAGGCUGGAGUGCAGUGGCGCAAUCUCGGCUCACUGCAACCUCCACCUCCCAGGUUCAAGCGAUUCUCAUGCUUCAGCCUCCCAAGUAGCUGGGAUUACAGGUGCCUGCCACCACGCCCUGCUAAUUUUUGUAUUUUUAGUAGAGAUGGGGUUUGGCCAUGUUGGUCAGGCUGGUCUCAAACUCCUGAGCUCAUGUGACCUGCCCACCUCGGCCUCCCAAACUGCUGGGAUUACAGGCAGGAGCCACCGCGUCCAGCCCAAAAUAAUACUUUUUAAAGUAGUUUUUUCCCUCUUCUAUCCUUCUAGUGACAGAGUACAGGGUUUCUGGCUUCAGGGACCUCAUACUUUAAAGGUGAAGGAGAAAAGAAUGAUAACUUAUAAUAUUUCUAUAGGGCAAUAUUUUAAUGUUUUGAAGUGUGUGUUCAUAUUUUAA